GGAACGAGAGGUGGGGAAUCGGGCGAACAAAAAUGGCGUCCCGCGAUGAUGCAGGAAAUAGAUUUCGGUUUCAUUAAAACUUGGCUGAAAGUGCAUCGCCCGGAGGGUUCUUCCCCGGAGGCAUCGGUAAAAAACUUUGGAGACGCAAAGACACAGAAUAAAUGGCUGGAUGGAAGUCUGGGUCAGAUUUUCAGAACUCUGGACAGUACAGCUACCUGGACGAAGUUCCCUUCAAGAUUGGUGACGGGUUCAGGUGUCCGGCCAAAGUGGGUCUCCCGGUGGGCUUCUGUGUCCCAGACUGCACCUCUGCGUCGGCCCAGUUUGAGUAUGACUUCUCCUUAGAGCGGCGGGUGGUGCGAUGGGGGAAGGAGCUGGAGGAGGCGCGGGCGAACCAGGAGAGAGAGCGGCGAGAGGCGGAGUCCAGCAGGACGAGGCGAGCGGCGUCAGGGGAGCAGGAGGCGGAGCGUAGCGACGGGACCCCGCCCCCUCGCCACUUGGACGAGAAAGCCCCGCCUCCACCCGCACUCAACCCCGUGCUGGCCAGGUUGAGCCACAGCGACAUCCUCAUGCCCCUCCCCGCCCCCAGCUUGGCCCCGCCCCGCCGUCCCAGCCCCCCCGGCCUCCCGAAGGGCUUCAACCUCGCUGACUUUGAGAGUGCGGAAGACCCUUUCAACAAGCUGGAGCUCAAAACCCUCAACGACAAAGAGGAACUGAGGAGCAUCUUGCUGGUGCAGGCCCUGACCCCGCCCCUGCCCCCGCCUGUCAAAACGGACCUAUACCACAGGACCAAUGGCCUGGUGGCCCCUCCCAAACAGGAAGGGCCCGGGGGCCGGCUGGACGCGGGACCUCCCUGCAACAUCCGCUCUCUCAGCUUCCCCAAACUUUCUGACUCCGCCCCCAGCCCCACCCCACGGCACAACCUAUUCAACGGCACCCCGCCCAUCACACGGCGUGCCCUCCCCCAGAAAGACAUCAUCGCUCGCCUAGCCCACGACGGCAUCCUGAAACGGUCUCCGCCCCUCCCGGGCACUGGGCCCGCCCCUCGACCUCCUGGUGUGGUGGGGGAGGGCGGAGCCUUGUUUGGACUGACGCCUGGAGAGAGGCAGUGGGUGGAGACCAUCGUGGCCAUGGGCUACCCCUACGAGGGCGUGCUGAAGGCCAUGCAGAGGCAAGGUCAGAACAUGGAGCAGGUGCUGGACUACCUGAUCGUUCGCGCGCGGCUGUGCGAGCGAGGGUUCGACGCAGGCGCGGUGGAGGAGUGCCUGGAGAUGUGCCAGUGCUCCGAAGAGAAGGCCCUGGAGUUCCUGCAGCUGGCGUCUCGUUUCGGGGAGAUGGGUUUCGAGAGAGACGCCAUUAAAGAGGUGCUGCGGCUCCACAGCAACGACCGGGACAAGGCUCUGGAGGAGCUCAUGACUCGAGCAGCCACCAGCUGAGCUCUGCGCCUCUGGCUCCGCCCCUCCCCCCCCCACC